UUUUUACUCACCCCUAUGGAAGAAGAAGAAAAAAAAACCAAAACCACAAGGAAACGAACUUGCGUUUUGUGGACCGAACACCAGAACCGGGUAGAGGAGAGAGAAAAAACGGGUGAAAAACUGGAAACAAAUUUCACUUUGAUUUGAGAGACACCCAGAAUUUUUGGAGUUUCAGUACCUGUAUUCAGCACCCAUUGACGAGAUCAAAUCAUCCUCCAUUGUUGAAUGGCAAUGCGUGGUUUAGCAGCUCAGCUUUACACAUACCUUUGCAGAAUUAAACCAGGAAAUGGAAACUCUUCAUUACUUAGAACAACAGAUGAAUUAACUCUUGAAGAACAGGCUGAAAGAAAAAUUGGAUGGGUGCUUAAGCUUAUAUUUGCUGGCACUGCUACUGCUGUUGGUUACCAGCUUUUCCCUUACAUGGGAGACAAUUUGAUACAACAAUCUGUAUCUCUUAUGCAAGUCAAAGAUCCCUUGUUUAAGAGGAUGGGAGCCUCUCGGAUUUCCCGUUUCGCUGCAGACGAUGAAAGGAGGCUGAAGAUUCUAGAAAUGGGUGGAGCUGAAGAGCUUGUGAAGAUGCUGGAUACUGCUAAAGAUGACCGAACACGGAAAGAAGCACUUAAAGCUCUUUCUGCACUUUCAGUUUCAGAAAAAGCUGCUGCUGCGUUACACCAAGCUGGGGCAAUUUCGGUGAUCAAGUCUGUUCCAGACUCUGCAGAGGAUCAAGAUAUCACUAAUUAUAAGUCAAAUUUACUGAAGAGGUUUCAAGAUUUUGAGAUACAGUUGAAAAACUGAGCAUUAACUGCUUUUAUUUCCAUCUCUGUGAGAAACAACUUAGUGGUAUUUGGAAGCCAGUGCCAACAGGAGAAUACAAGUGCUUCAGAGUUCAAUCUAAUUUUAUACCAAGUAUGAUGAAAUCUGACACUAUUGAAUCAAUGAAUCCUGCAGCGAGAAGUGCUGCCUUCGCCAUGAGCAUGCAAUGAAAGCUGUUUAUGUUCUUUCCCUGUAUUUUGGCAUGGGGGUUUGUAAUGCAAACAUACAAAAUAGCCAUAGCCAGCCAAGACUGUCAGCUACUGAUAAUUCACGCGUUAUGAGUUUCAUAACGUUAAUUUGUAGCCGUAUGAUCCUCAUUUUAAUACGGUUUCAUUCCAGUGAAUAAAUUUUGUUAAUUCAUAACUGUUGUUAAUUCAAGACUUGUCAAGCUUGUUAAUUAAAGUAAUUUUGCUUGUUCUCUUUUUAUUA